GCGAUUCGGUGUUCUGCGAGGAGCGGUACUGCUACCAGAAUGUCUACACUUCUACUGGCGAGCUUGAUGAAGAAAAAACCUGGAUGGGCACUCCCACCUGCAGCACUGAUGCAGAAGGAUGUCCAUGCAACUCGCAAUGGGAGGUGCAAUGUGAAAGUUUUGGCAUCAAGUAUUGCGAGCACAAGGAUGCCGGCUGCUUCGACGAGGUCACGUGCGACGCCGAUGAGCUCACAUGCAAGGAUCAGUUCUCCAGCUGGUGCAUGCCGAAAUCCUCGGGCGGCUGCCCAGUGAUUUGCAACAGCACGGAAGUCUGGUGCUACCGCUGGCAGUACACUCCGAAUGGCGAGCGCGACUACUCGCAGGAGCACGAGGAGUUCUGCGCUCCUGAGAGCACCGGCUGCCCCUGCGAUCGCCAGUUUGAGACGAAGUGCACUGAUCCCGAGUACGGAAACAGCUGGUGCCAGCCUGUGAGCGAGAACUGCCCGCUCUUCUGUCGGGAUGAUGAGCAGGACUGCUACCAGGUCCAGUAUGGAAGCGACGGAUACCCGAACUUCGAGCUGCCCUUCGGCCAGUCCUGCCAGCCAGCCAACUCGUCCUGUCCUUGCGAUCCGGUUCACGAGGAAAUGUGCCAGGACCUUUAUGGAAGCUGGUGUCAGAGCAAGGUCUACGGAUCAUGCCCUGUGCAUUGCACAGAGGACCAGAUCACCUGCUGGGUAACGCCAUAUGACGAUACGGGCCGGCCCGACUGGACUGGGGUGUGGACGGAGGUUUGCGCCGACGAGAUGGUAGGCUGCCCCUGCAACAGCCAGUGGGAGCGAUCCUGCACCUACCAGGGGGAGAAGUUCUGCAUCCCCGUGUCUGAGACCUGUCCGCUGGACUGUGGAGACUUGGGCACCUGCUUCCACUACGGCUCGGGCAAUGAAAGCUGCGCCACACCACAGGGCUGCAACUGCGAGAGUGGUGAGCUGAGAUGCCUGAACCCGGAGACCAGCCUUUACGAGUGCGAGCCCACGGAAUGGUAUGCUGAUGGCCAGUGCCCUCUCCGAUGCAGCGCAGAGGAACAGUACUGUGGCAUCGUGGCUUUUGACACCAGCGGUGCCUGGCAGUGGACAAACGAGUACUGCUUCUCUGGGGAAGAUUGCCCGGUUGUCUGCGAUGAUGCGACUGCCCAGAGGUGCCAAGAUGGUGAAGACAGCUACCACUGCGUGCCCAAAACGGAAUCCUGCCCUGUCUACUGCACUGAAGAGCAGCAGUACUGCUGGGUUGUGAACUUCGACAGCACAACUGGAGAAGUUGUCGGCGCCGGGGAGCAGUGUGUGUCCAAUUCAGAAUCCUGCCCUUGUGGAACGGGCGCCGUGCAGUGCACCAACCCUUUCGAAGCGGACUAUGAGCCGUACUGCACACCCGCAACCGAGGGCUGCCCCCUCUACUGCCACCCCAUCAGGGAGAAGAUGUGCUACCCGAUGUCCUUUACCCCGCAAGGUAUGCCUGAUUGGAACGCGCCAGUCGUGGAGAGCUGCGUCAAUGUCUCCAAGUCAUGUCCGUGCGGCGCCAACGCGCAGAUGUGCAGAUGGGUGGACGAGUUUGGGCAGCAAGAGGAGUUCUGUGAGCCGACCAGCGUCACCUGCCCUGUGACCUGUGGGGCGGAUGAGAAGAAGUGCUUCGUCCUGGACUACGACAAGCGCGGCACCCCUCUGGAGGUUCGCGAGCUUUGUGAGAAAAAGUCCCUGCCUUGCCAGUGCGGCACGAACUCCCAGAGAUGCCACGAUCCAUUUGCCGACGAGUACUUCUGCUACCCACUUUGGGACCUGGACACGAACAGUGCCAUGCGUUGCCCCGUCUACUGCACGGCCGAGCAGGACUGGUGCUUCAUUGAUAGCUUCACUGCUAACGGUGACUGGGCGAGUGUGGAGACGACCUGUGUUCCCCGGGGAGGCUAUUGCGACUGCGCAAAAGGUCAGAACGCUUUCUCGUGCAACCACACGGAGGCUGGGGUGACCUUCACCGAGUGCCUCCCCAUCAAUGGCGGCUACUGCCCUCCCGUCUGCAGCGCUGGCCAAGUUCAGUGUCCUGAAGUGGAUGACUACCGGCCCGAUGGCUUGUGGGCAGGUACGUCGCAGCCCUCGGUGCACUGCGCGGCGAGCAUGGAAGCCUGCCCCUGCGGGAAGAUGGCGAAGAAUUGUGGCGGGGCUAUGGGCUGCAUCUUCAAGGACGAGUCUUGUCCAGUCACCUGCAAAGCGAACGAAAAGAAGUGCUUCGUUUAUGAUUUCGCUGAGAACGAGGAUUACCUUGGCGAGCGCGAAAUCUGUGUGGCCGAAAAUGCCAAAUGCCCGUGUGGCAAGAACACGCGCCGGUGCCCAGGCGACGACCUUUGCUUGCCAACGUCUCAGACGCAGGUGCUGUGCCCUUGCACCGAGUCACAGAAGCAAUGCGACGUGAAAGACUUCACGUCCACAGGCAAAGUCUCGGGAAUCUCCACGCGCUGUGUCAGCCUGAGUACUAAGUGCCCGUGCGGCAACAACACGCUGACUUGCCCAGAUCCAAACGACGCAGAUGCAAACAUCUGCAAUCCGAAAUUCAGCGGUACGCUGCUGAACUCGUGCCCAAGGCCCUGCACGCCCGCUGAUGAAACUGCUGGCAACAAGACUUGCAUCCAGACUCAUCUCACCAUGGCCGGUGAGUUUGCGGCCGAGACAAUCAGCUGCCUGCUGCCGGACAGGUGUGUUCCAGGGCGCAACAUGAAAAAGUGCCCAUCCGGAUCCGUUAUCCCGGCAGGCAAGCAGUGCCAGGACCUUUACAACACUGGAAGCAGCGGCAACUCCACCGCCGUCAGCAGCGGUGAGAAGCAGUCGUCGACAGUGAUCUUGACGCUUGCGACGACCAGUUCGGAUGCUCAAGGCAAGUCCGAGGACGCGCGGGUCCUGCUGAACGCCCAGCUGCAGCUGCCCAGUGGGCUCCAGUCCUCGCUGGCCCUGAAGGGCGGCGCCCGACGCCUCGGUGGCCGGUGGCUCUCGGGGAGCGGCUCCGUACUGUCGUACAGCAUCUCAAAUGCAGGAGCUACAUCUGUCUCACCAUCAGCCGUGGCGGAACAGAUGAAGAAGCAGGUCAAGAGUAGCAGUGCCGGCAUGGUGAACGCCUUGUCUUCCAUGGGAAAUGUGGACACCAAGGCUGGCGUGGCCAUGACCUCCAAGACUCAGCAAGUCAAGUCGCGUGUCGAGGCGGUCCAGGAGAAGACAAAGGCGGCUCUGGGCAUCACGACCCCGACCACCACGACCACGACCACGACCACGACGACCACGACGACAACGACCGCUGCUGGCACAACGUCAACGGAAGGAAGCACAUCGAUGGCUGACGGAAAUGCCACCAGCUCGGAAACUGCUACUAGCUCAACAUCGACAACAAUGUCGACUACAGAGUUCCUCCUCACCAGCAGCUCACCAGACAGACCCGUGCUCAUCGCGAUUCUCUCAACCCUGGCCAUGAUGCUCCUGCAGUAG